ACAAGACGCCAAAGGCGCAAAGGGAUCGACUCCCACCAGGGCGCAAACAAAGGGCCGCGGUUUCAUUUUUAUUUGAUUUCAUAUAUUUUUUUAUUUCGUUGCUUUGCUCCGCGCUCAGCCAGCCUGGCACUGGGGAGGACGAGCGUCAGCCCUGCUUAAGGAUCUGGAGGAAGAGAAAGGAAGGCGGCUGUGGCGGCUGGGAUUCAGCUAAAAGGGAGCAGCAAAGGAACAUGGAUCUGAGCUAUGGUCUGCUGUGCCAGGCAGGAGGGAUUUUUUAAUUCGGACAGACUGGGAGGCUGGGGCGUGAGAUAAUCGUCUCGUCCUGGGAAGCUCUUCGUUCUCUUUCGGGAGAAGGGCACGCACCAUGACCAUGAGGCAAGAGGCGUUCAGGCAGCACCACUGGAAUGUCCUCCGUAAGGAGAACAGGCCUUCCUGACUUUCAAUGCGUGGAUUCCGCUUCCUUUGGCUUUGCAGAGCGUGGCGCUGGCAUGGGAAACCACAGCAACAACCAUACCUGCGUGACGGACGACUCCUUCAAGUACAACCUCUACGGAGCCGUCUACAGCAUCGUGUUCAUCCUGGGCUUGAUCACCAACUGCGCCUCUCUGUUCGUCUUCUGCUUCCGCAUCAAAAUGCGGAGCGAGACCACCAUUUUCAUGACGAACCUCGCCGUCUCUGACCUGCUCUUCGUCUUCACUCUCCCGUUCAAGAUCUUCUACAACUUCAACCGGCACUGGCCGUUCGGGGACCCUUUGUGCAGGAUUUCGGGGACAGCCUUCCUGACCAACAUUUACGGGAGCAUGCUGUUCUUGACUUGCAUCAGUGUCGACCGCUUCCUCGCCAUCGUCUACCCCUUCCGAUCUCGCACUGUCCGGACGAGGCGGAACUCGGCCAUCGCGUGCGCGGGAGUCUGGAUCCUGGUCCUCAGCGGGGGGAUCUCGGCCUCCUUGUUUUCCACCACCAACAUGACCGACACUAGCACGACGUGCUUUGAAGGCUUUUCCAAAAGAAUAUGGAAAACCUACCUCUCCAAGAUUACAAUAUUUAUUGAAGUAGUGGGCUUUAUCAUCCCCCUUAUGCUAAACCUGACGUGUUCGUCGCUGGUGCUGAGGACUCUCCGGAAACCCGCCACCCUCUCCCAGAUUGGCACAAACAAGGAGAAAGUGCUCAAGAUGAUUGUUGUCCAUGUGGCCAUCUUUGUGGUGUGCUUCGUCCCCUACAACUCCAUCCUUUUCCUGUAUGCUCUCGUACGCUCCCAGGCCAUCGCGAACUGCUCCUUGGAGAGGUUUGCGAGGACUCUCUACCCGAUCACGUUGUGCAUUGCCACCCUCAACUGCUGCUUCGAUCCAUUCAUCUACUACUUCACCUCGGAAUCCUUCCAGAAAUCUUUCUACAUAAUCCCCCACCUCAAAAGUGACUCUCUUUUCAAAACCGAAACUCCCCUAACAAAGGUCGCCCUGCCAAUGAUACAGGAGGAGGUGAGUGACCAGGCCAUUACAAAUGGGGGGGAUCUCACAUCGGAAUCACAUUUUUGAUGCCUGGUCUCUCUGCAGAGACCAUGGGGUGGUCUUGGAAUUGAACUUUGAGGAAUUCCAUGAUGCCUUGUGCCUGGGAGAAGGGUUUGAAAUCAUGAACACUGAGAACCAUACAGGAAAUGUGUGUGUGUGUGUGUGUGUGUGUGUUUGUAAACAGACAGUCAAAUGCUCUUCCUGCCUUGUCGUUGUUAUAUUAACUCCAGUAACACUGCCAAUAUGUAUGUUUUGCUUUU